CUCCUUCCCGAUGACCAGCUCAGUGACAGACCAGCCCUGUGCAGGACACUGUUGUGUUGGUGGCCAGGAUACUGCAUCUGGAAGGCAAAUUGGGCAGCUGGCAUCAUCUAUGUCAAUGGGCAGAAUGACACUAGUUGGCUGCCAUGUCCAAUGAGUCAGGUGACCGUGGGACUGUGCCCUUCUCCCUCUCAGUGCCUCCACUGUCCUCUGCAAAGCUGUCCUGGCUUGGGACCAUGACAACCCACAGACACGGGAACCUCCCAGCCCAGCUCUUGCAGGAAUUUGUGCUGGAGAGAUCUUGAGGUGUGUAGACCAAGGCCCUCCUCUUUGCCAUCUUCCUGGCCCUGUACAUGGUGACCAUCAUGGGUAAUGUCACCAUGAUCACAGUCAUCACCCUGGAUGCCCACCUGCACUUUGCCAUGUACUUCUUCCUCAAGAACCUGUCCUUCCUGGACCUCUGCUACUCCUCUGUCAUUGCACCCAAUGCCCUGGCCAACUUCUCCUCCUCCAAGGUCAUCAGCUUUGAAAGCUAUGCAACCCAGUUCUUUUUCUUCUCUUUAGUGGUUACCACUGAGGGCUUCCUACUGGUGGUAAUGGCCUAUGACUGCUUCAUGGCCAUCUGCAGCCCCCUACGGUACUCUGUGACCAUGCAACCUGGCAAAUGUACCCAGCUUGUCCUUGGCACCUACUGUGAUGGCUGCCUCAACUCCAUGCUGCAAACCAGCCUCACCUUCCAGCUCCCCUUCUGCAGCUCCAGUCACAUCAACCACUUCUUCUGUGAUGUACCACCCCUGCUACAGAUAGCCUGUGCUGACUCUGCUGUCAAUGAGCUGGUCAUGUUUGUCGUCUGUGGGCUCAUUGUUGUGGGCACCACUCGUGUGGUCCUCAUCUCCUAUGGCUACAUCACAGUGACUAUCCUCAAGAUGCAUUCAGGAUCCAGGGGAUACAAGUUCUUCUCUACCUGUGGUUCCCACCUCACUGCUGUGUCCCUCUUUUAUGGAACCCUCCUUGUCAUGUAUGCACAGCCAGGGGCAGUGGAGUCAAUGGAGCAGCGCAAUAUCAUCUCCAUCUUCUACACCGCGGUCAUCCCAAUGCUCAACCCCUCAUCUACAGUCUGCGGAACAAGGACGUGAAGGAUACCCUGCAGAGGCUGAGACAGAGACGGCCUGUCCUGUGAGGGACUCUGGAGAAAGGCCUCUCACACUCUCUCCAUCCAU